CUUCAUUCGGCACAAUUUCCUUACUGUCUCUGUGAGCGAGCAGCAACAGUUACUACUAGUGUGAUAUACUCUGCCGAGUGAAUGAAGAUGAGGGCUCAACGAUGUGUUUCACCCGUACAGGCCGUAAUGGGGGUGAUGGAAGGCAAAGUCCACAAACCCCCACCAAAGACUGAGGGUGCUGAAGUGCUCAUGUACCUGGAGCGCCUGCAGCACCUGGUUCCCCUGUGUCCCAAGGAUCGUCCUGUGACCAAGUUAGAAUUGAUCCAGUCUGUCAUCGACUACAUUUACGAUCUUGAGGACGCCUUGGGCACCAGUGACGGAGACUCGUCUUCCGAGGAGGACAUGGACUUCGUCGAGAGUUCCUGAGAAGGGACGUAAAAGUCGUCGACUCGGGCUAUUGUGUUCCCGAGAGCGACGAAGAAGCGUCCAGAGUCAGUUGGGGCGCUAGGAUAGUGAAGAACUAUUGAUGGAGUGAGUGUGUUGUAGGACACUUGUCACACUGUCGUGGUGCUCUCUCCCCGCGCCCCUACUACGUGAGGUGCCAGCAUGACCUGACCUGGCCCUAACACCUCAACCCGACACCCAUCAAACCUGCCGGAUCACCCUAAAAGGCGGCUGAAGUAUGAAGCUUUACCGCAGUAGACGAGCCACGCGGACCUGUUGUAGUUAUGGUCCACGAGUAGUUACAACUGGUGUGAAUCUCUUAGAGUUGUCGUGGCCUCCCGUGGACGUGUCCCAGUGUACUAGAAGUGCUAUUUACACACAUCUCAGCGACAAAAGCUACCCAAAUAUGCGACAGUUCGAGAGUGGGUGGCAGCUCUGGCUGAGGAGGCUCGGGUGAGGACCAGUGUGAGUGAGGGUGGUGGCGGCGCCUUGGUGUGGGUGUGGUGGUGCAGGCACGGAGUGCUGCGUCCCCUGGCACUUUCAUCCAUCACCUGGUGAUCUGAUCAUCAACAUCGCUCUAGGAAAUAUAAUAUUUUAUAACGAGUGUCGUGUUAAUUUAGGUUAUAAACAAUAUAUUUAUUUAUCUAUUCAUUAAAAUAAAAUAAAAUCACCGAAUAUAGUUAUAUAAAAACCA